CCAAGCCCCUCCCAUGGGACCCACCCUAAUCUUUCAUCUUAAUAAGUUUUUGGUUCAUGGUUGCCCAAGGUUUUUCCUGUUUACAAUCCUUCUGUUUCCUCAGUUAUCUGUUCUUUGACUUGCCAAUUCCAUUAGCUAGUCUGUAGGUAUUUGGUCUCUGAGGUUUGAAAGGUUUGAAAGGUUGGAUUCGGUUAUGGAGCAAGUGUUUCCAAGAUACCAUGUUUUUAUAAAUCACAGAGGACCUGAUGUCAAGAAAACACUGGGCAGCCUCAUCUACCGCGCUCUUAAGAGGAUUGGCCUAAGAGUGUUUCUUGAUGAGCAGGAACUGCAAACGGGAAAUUAUUUAACCCCUGCAAUAAAAACUGCCAUUAGUAAUGCCACCGUACACGUUGCUAUUUUCUCUGAAACAUACGCAGAAUCUCCGUGGUGCUUGAAUGAGCUUUUGUGGAUGUUGGAUUGUCAUGGCGGCAAGCUUAUCCCAAUCUUUUAUGGCAUCCAACCUUCUGACCUGCGGUAUAUUCAAAAGGGAGCAUAUGCUGAAGCCUUCAACAAUCAUAAAAGCAAGGGCAGGGUUAAGUAUUCACUGGUGGAGAGAUGGAUGAGUGCUCUAAUCAAAGUAUCUGAUGUUUCUGGUCUGGUGUUCAGCAAGGUCAAAGAUGAUCUUGGGGAGUUUUUAGAUAGAAUUGUGGACACUGUAUUGAAAGAGGUGACGGUGGAAGCACUUGAUGUUGCUAUACACCCUGUGGGACUCCAUCAAGCUGCAGAGCACUUCCAGAAUAAGGUUUUGAAUCAAACUACAAUGAAUGAUAUCAUUAUUGUGGGGAUUGUGGGACUUGGUGGAUCGGGGAAGUCAACUCUAGUUACUCAUCUUUACAAUACAAAGCGUUCCCAAUUCAGUAGAUGCUGUUACUUGUCUGAUGUAAGUAAGAAGAAUUUAGCAUCUUUACAGAAAAGAUUGCUUACUGAUUUGUUGGGUUUUCAGCCGUAUUUGCAUAUUGAGAAUACCAGUCGAGGGAGGAGCUUGCUUAGAGAUCGUCUCCGAGGGUUCAAAGUUCUGAUUGUUCUAGAUGAGGUAGACAAUAUAGAGCAAAUAGAGAAUCUCUUAUUAGUAGUGAAGGAUGUCCUUGGAAAUGGCAGUUUGAUUCUAGUCACCUCUCGUGACAGAGAUUUACUUGCACGCUCUCAAAUUAAAGUACUGUAUGAUGUCCAACUGUUAGAUUUAAAAGAUGCCCAUGAACUAUUUUGCUGGCAUGCUUUCCAUGAGCCCAAGUCGCCCCCAGAUUUGCAAGACAUGGUAGAGGAGUUGGCCAAGAUGUGUGGUGGCUUUCCGUUGGCUUUGAAAGUUUUAGGUGGGCAGCUGUCUAGUUAUGGUGAUCGAAGCUACUGGAUGAGGCAAUUGGAAAAUUUUCGCCAACAAUUGCCUGAUAACAUUUUAGACAGGGUACUCAAAGUUACCUAUGAUUCUCUCAAGAACAAAGAGAAAGAGGCGUUUUUAGACAUUGCCCAUUUAUUAGUAGGAGAAGACAGAGAUCUGGCUGUGCGGGUUUUGGAUGGAUUGGACCAGAGUGGCUUCGACUGCCUUGAGGUUCUCCAUCACAAAGGCCUUGUGCAAUUUGAAAAUUCUGACGUUGACUUCAACAUUAACAUCCAACACCGAAUGUAUCUGCUGCCUUUCCUCGAGCGAACUGAUCCAAAAUCUAUGCUAGAGUAUUUGUUCAUGCAAAAUUAUAUUCGUGAGCCUUUCUACAUAGAUUGCUGGAGCAGACCAAAGGGUAGCUUGCGAAUAAGAAUGAACGAUUUAGUCAGAGACUUGGCAAUACAAAUUGGCAGACAAGAGUUUCCCCUUCGCCUUUGCUGCUCAAACGAUCAAAUGAUCUCUGCACAGAUGCAAUCAAAGCCCUACUCUGUACGAGGAAUCCGUGGCAAUGAAGAUCACAAGAAGCUUCAACUGCCCGUCUUCUUAGACAGUCAAGAUAUAUGUGGAUUAAAACUUGUAGCUCUCGAAGAUUCAGGAAUUCUACAUCAAUUUAAUAGUGUAACUGGAGAUUUGAUAUGGCUUCGCCUGGGUAAAUUUAACUGCAGCGACUUUAAUUGCAGAGGACUUUCACUAAGAAAUUUGAGAGUGUUGGAACUUACUGGUGUUAAUUUUGAAGGCUUACACAGAUUAUCUGAUGAUUUUGAGGAUCCUUCUCAGCUACGUGAACUGACAGUCAGCUGCACAGAAAUCUCCGACACCGUAAUCUUCCGUAGAAGUGCUCCUCUUGCAGUUACAAGCUAUCACCCUUCAAGCAGCGGGUUCAAUAAAGUAUUGCUACACUCAGACUUAUCUGAAAAGCGGGUACGAAAUUUGAAGUUGCAAAUUAAACCAUCUAAACAGUUAGCAAGAUUAGACUCAUUUAAAGAGCAUGUGGAAAAGCGAAACGUGAAAAACAAGUCAUCUUCAGAUCCAGGCCUAAAUAGUUUUCAAGAAUGGUUAGGAAAGCUGAAAAAUUUAGCAAAGCUAGCUUUGAAAAAUAUCAAGGGUUUGGUAUCACUGCCCAUUAAAUUUGAGGAAGCAGGAACUCUGAGACAUGUAGAUCUAUCUGGCUGCAAUGAUCUGGAAGUUUUGCCACAUUCUUUUACUGAAUUGUUGCAACUUCAAUAUUUAGCUUUGAGAGACUGCUGGAGCCUUGUUAUCACAGAUUUGGGUAAAAUCUCCACUCUUGAGUACCUGGAUCUUCAAGGCUGCUUUUCGUUGAAGGAUUUGCCUAGAGGAACUACAGUUCAAAAAUCUCUAAGGUAUUUAAAUUUACUUCAUACCAGUCUCCAACAAUUGCCUGAGCAUAUAGAUCAACUAGAAAAUCUUGAACAGCUAUAUAUAGGGAGCCAACUGGUAACAUGUUUGCCAUCAUCUCUUAAUCAUCUGAGUCGGCUAACAGAGUUGACUCUAUUCAAAUGCUUCAAUCUCUAUGAUGUGAGCAAAUCUGUUGAAUUGUUGGGGCAUUUGGAAAUAUUACGGAUAUAUGACUCCGGAGUUAGGGCAUUACCAGAGGAAAUUGCAUGGAUGAAUAUUAAGAUUUUGGACAUACGGUGUUGUCCAAACAUUGAAGGUUUUCAGAUGGAAGUGGACUUGCCUUUCGAAAGCUUACAGGUCCAGAGUCAGACAAGUGAUGAUCAUGGCGCUAAUGCUGUUGAUCCGUUGGCAACCAAAGCUACUCAUUCUAAUCGUGUAAGCUGUCUAACAAGUUUGAUCAUUAGGUACAGCUGCAUAUCUAAAGUAUGCAUUCCUCGGGCGAAAAAUCUGUGUCCCAAUCUUGAAAUUGUUGAUCUAUCAAACAAUCCAAAUUUGACAGACAUUGAAGGCUUACCAGCCAAUUUGAUAAGACUAAAUCUCAUGGAUUGUCCAGCAUUAGAGACACUGAGAUGCCUUUCUAAUCUGACAAGUCUUAAAUUUCUGAAUGUAAGUGGAUGUGGUGGGUUACAAACACUGAAUGUCGAAGGUCUGAGCUCAAUAGAACUAAUUGAAGCCGACGAGUGUUGGAAAUUGCAGAGAAUUCAGGGACUACGGCAGUUGCAAAAACUAUCCCAUUUACGGAUUUCAACUGGGUUUAGUAUCUCUGGAUCUACUUGGACAGACAUUCUGACGUUUCCUUCCAAUAUAUCAUCUAUCUUCUGUGGAGCAACACUCAAUAAGGAGGAUGUUGAUAAAAUGGACGCAGAUGCACACAGCUUUCAAAAUGUUACAGUAAUGGACAUCCCCCAAUUCCCACUAGACUCGGGAAUACCAUUUUUUGUGGAGUUAGAAAACGAGAGCUUACAAGGCGCAAUUUUGAUAUGUAUAAUAGCAGACAACAGUUGCAGUUUUGAAGUAACAUUUCUUGGACAUGCUUUCAGGACCUCCCGUAUUUUUUGUCACGGUAACACAUAUGGAGUGCACAUGUUGAUGUGGACAAAAGAUUCAAGAGUCUUCAAAGAUUUAAAAAUCUGCAGUGGCAUGACAAUAGAUUGCAAGAUCAAGCUACUCAAUUCAUCCCAGCAGGAAGAUUUGUCAUUAAGGAAAACAUCUGCCGGACUAAAGAGGGGUUGGGUGGUGAUCGCAAAAAAUUUAGACUUCUGUAAACAAUUCUUAAGCUUUCUUUUCUGUUGACAUGACGGCCAGGAUAAGAAGUUUUAGUAGUCUGGAGAUUGGAAAGAGAUCUAGUAUCCAUUUCAUCAAAUUCAUCUGGAAUUCCACUCUCAUUUCUUACAAUGUCAUAGUUUUGCAUUCAGCAAGACUUGAUCUUAAUAGGAUCAUUUAGCACCAUUCAACUUCAACAGUAGACCAAAAACCUAUUGACAUUUUAUUCUUUUUAUUAACCUAAGUUAAGAUUUUUAAAAGA